CUGAGUCGGAAUUCGGAAAUUCGGAAUCAAGUCGAAUUACGUACCUUUUCUUUGGCUUGUUAUUUGAUUGAGUACGGUAUAUUCAGUUUUACACAAGCUUUCAACGAAAUUCACAGACAACUUUUUCCUUACGAAACAUAAAAUGCCGAAGAAAGCACCAAAAAAUGCAUUCUUCUUCUACAUGCAAAGUUUUCGGGAAGAACAGAAAAAGAAAGGCGUACAUUACGAGAGUACCGCUGAAGUAGCCACUGCAGCCGGACCGUCGUGGAAGGAUGCACCACCAGCGGUCCGGGCGAAAUUUGAAAAUAUGGCUAAAGAAGCCAAAAAGAAAAUUACCAAUGAUGAAAAGUUCACAUCUCUCGGUGUACCCCUGUCUCACAUAGAGAAUCAAGAACGAGAAAGGGAUGAAGCUGAGAAGAAUGAAAAAGAGGAUAUUAUAAACAUGGUGAAAACCCGCACUCUUGAUGGCAGCAUACUCGAAGAGGACUUUUAUUUGAUGGAUGUGAAUAGUUAUUGUAAAACGAAUAUGGCGUAUCUGAUUGGGGAGAGCACUUUGUUGAGAUUCAAUCUACGAGACGGGGUUAAGGAUAUUUAUCAUCAAGUUAUAAAUCCGGGUAAAAUUCCCCUUGGCUACACCUACGAUGUGAAAAUCGGCUGCGAGGAGUUGGGUCUGCAGAUGCCUGACGAGGACAACCCCAGCGAUCAGAUCCAGAUCCUGGCCAAUAUCAUUGACUACCUGAAACAGAAGAAGCAGGCCACCAGGGUGCUGCCUCCGAUAUUCACCAUGCCCGACAAAGUCGAGCAGGUGCAGGAUUUCAUCAUGCAGAUGUGUUAUCGAGCUGGUGAGGACGAGACACUUUUCCGUGUUUAUAAGCUGGAUACGUUGCUGUUUACGUUGGCAAAUGCACUGAAACGGCACUCAAACGAGGGACUACCGAAGGAGUCUUUAGCUCUUGCACAGCUGAAGAAGGAUAGCUUCAAAUACAGUCCUGGUAUUGGAUGUGAGCAUCAUGAGGAGACGGACAAGUCUGUGGAGUGCACCCAGUCCCGGGCCAAGCGCUGGAGCUACACCGUGCUGGAUCUGUGCUGCGGGCUCGCUGACGUUGAGAUUGUGCCCGGCAAGCAUGUGCCCAGUGACUUUGAUUUGGAGAGUAUUCAAGAACUGCAAGAGAGGAAGUUGGGAAGACUGACACCGGCCAUCGCUGGCAGAGUACCAAGUUCCUGCAAUACAACGAUGAAUGACUCUAUUGAUACGUCCUUCAACUCCACACGUUCUGCUACAGCUUCUAAAUCUUCCCGAGUUCACGUGCCGCUGCGAAUGCCGAAAACCGAUUAUUCGACUAAGAUAAAUCAAGCUCCAGAACUGACUGAAGACGACUUUCCCAGUCUACCGCUGCGCGCCGGGAAAGGCCGCGGUAUGGGGAUGAGAAAGUAAAGAACUUACAUACAUCAUGACGACAAAAUAUUUUUGUACUGAGAAGAAUUUGUAUUUUUUUAAAGUUUUUAGUUUAAAUGGUGCUUAAAUCUUUUUGUUUAUUCUUAGCUUUUAUUCUCAUUUAUCGAAUUAUCAAGUCAUUGCCAAAUAAAGCCAUAAUUUAUUUUUUUUAAAGCGACAAUGUUUUGUGCUAGUCUGAUAUGUUAUAAAAGUUGCUUGAAAGACAAGAACAAAAAAUUUUAUAACCCAAAUUAAUAAUGCGUAUGCAAAUCUUCGCUAAUUAUUGUCGUAAUCAC